UACAUUUUAAAUUUACACUUAUGUUUGCUUUUUUGAAUAGCGCGAAAUUGAUACUUGAAAAGCAAAUGCGAAUAGUCGACAGCUUUUAGAGCCAAUAAUGUAUAUUUCAUAUGCAAUUAUCAAUACAAGCAUCAUGGUCUUUAUGUUUGUGGUUUAAAAAUGCAUUUCCCUUUUAUGUUAUGCAUUGCAUAUUUAUAGGAGUAAAUUCUCACCACGCCGAUAAAUUGCUUGCAUCUGUUAUCGACUGGCCGCCACCUUUUGUCAUUCAUCAGAGUCUAUCGAAAACUUAUCGGAAUAUUGCAAACUACUUUAAGAGGAAGACAACGCGCGGUUGCAGAAAAUAAAAGUGCACUUUUUAAAUAUAAAUAUGAACGACUGGGAUUUUAAGGAUCUACGCACAAAGCUCGAUGUAAUGGGCUUCAACCAAACGUUGCCCGUACUAGCAAUACCGCUAGUUGGAGCUAUAUUUGGUGAUUUAAUCAAAACAACAGAAUGCCUCCGUGAUACAAAAAGGCAAGUUGCUGAUCUCUUGGAAGAAAAAGCCUGCUGGGAACUGGGCGUUGAGCCCUACAAAUGUGACAAUUCGCGUUUGCUGGCCGAGUGCAACGAGCUGCACUUACAGUCUCUUAAAGAACGCGAAGGCUACGAACUCCGACUUUAUGAGGCUGAGCGGCGCAUACGCAAUCUGCAGACUGAUAACGAGCAUCUGCAAAGCCAUAAUGUGCAACUACAAAGUCAACUUGAUGCGUUUUUAUCAAAGCAAUUAAUCAAUGCGGCAACUGCUAAACGAACGCAGCUUGCAAUAUCGAGGCAGAACAAACGGCCUUUUAUAAGUACGGUUCGUUCUGGCGAAGCGUUGCCCGCCUUAAGUGGCAUUUCAACCAACUCCUCGUUGAAAUGCACCAAGUGCAAUGCUGGAGUUUUUCAAAAGACUACAACGACCACUAAGGAUGGCGUCACAGUUACGCAUACAAGUGGAGCAGAAGAGAUUGACAGACUGCAAAAUGAGCUCACAAGUGCCGGCGAACAAUUGGAGUUCUAUAAGCGCAAAGUAGAAUCGCGCAACCGGGAGAUUCGACGGCUGAACGAUUUGCUCGCAGGGGGCCGGCCACCCGCAGCAUUAGCAAAAGAUUGCUGCUACAAGGAAGUGGGCGCCCUCUCCCAGGAUAUUGACAUGCUGCAGCGCGAGAAUAGCGAGCUGAUGGCUCAGGUUGGCGAGUAUCAAGAUAAGAUGCACGACGCCAUGCAACGUGCGCUUCGCAUUGAGGAAGAGAAACAAAAGUUGCACACGCAACUGUACGAGUUAAAGGAAGCCGCUUUGCAGGUGGAGCAGCAAGCCAAUUCCGAAAUAGAUGCGAAGGAAUUGGAGCUGAGACAGCUGCAAACCGAGCUGAAGCAAUUCCACCGACGCAAUGAUCAACGAACCAAGAACCCGCGCCUGGCCGCCGGGUGCGAUGAAUCCUCGGUCCACAAUGACAAGCGAAUUCUUAACGAAAAGCUCAAUCUGCUAACACGACGUGAAGAAGAGUUGGAAGCGCUAAAUGAAAAGCAUAAAAAGAAGCUGCUCAAAAUGGAAGCGAAGAUGUCAACGCUACAAAAAGAGCUGCGGGAGCAGCAGCAGCAAAGCUGUGUUACACUGGAUGAGGAGAAAAUACGAUUAAAGUCUGAGCGAGACUUUUUCCAAAAGGAGUAUCUACGCCUCAUGAGCAAAUCAGGCUCGGACUCCGAGGUUGCGUUCCUGCAGGCCCAAAUCAAAUCAAAAGACGACGAGCUUCAUGCUCUUCGCUCUGAGUUAUGCCAGGCGUCCGUUGCUAAGCUGCAGAUGUCACCCCGAAAGGGCGACCACUGCGACAGUUUACCACCACCCACCACCACAUGCAGCUCGAACAGCAACAGCAAUCGGAGCGACUGCGUCCAGGCUGCCAUUGGACGCGUUGAACGCGAACGCGACUGUGCACGCAUUGAGCUCGAACGCUUGCGUUGCGAGCGGGACACACUGCGGGAGAAGCAGUUGAGCAGUGUGCAACUGCACGCCGAGGAGCUGCAAGCUCUGCGUCUGCGCAAUGAGGACUUGCAGGAUCGCAUACGCCAGCUGGAGCGAGAUUACCGUGACCUAAAUACGGCACGCGUGCCCACGGAAACACAUAAUGCUCUCUUGAAGGAAGAUAUGGCUGAGCUAAACAAACGCUUAGCGACGCUGCAGGCCGAGAAUGAGCACCUGAGGAGGGAAAACGGACAAAUAACCUUGAUUAAUGAUCAGAACGAGCGAAUCAUAAGCGAUUAUCAGAGUAAGCUUCUGUUGGCGGAGCGUCAGCUGCAUAAGGCGGAUGUGCGUGCCAGCACAUUGGAUUCAAGUCGCGAAACCAAUCGCAAUGAGGUUACGCAAUUGCGGACGGAAAUCGGAUCACUGCGUCAGACCUACAUUGCCUUGGAGCAUGAAAAGGAUAUGCUGCUGAAUCAAUUGGAUAACAAAACGGAGCGCCUCUAUAAAUUGGAGUACGAACAUAAGGAUUGCAAGGAAAAACGACAUGCACUGGAGCAAACAAUUAAAGAACUGGAGUCACAAGUUGACAAACUGAACACAAGAACGCGCCAGCGCGACUCGGCAUUGAAUGAAACGUCAGCGGAAAGCAAAACAUUGCGGCAGCAGAUUGUGGCACUCAAAGCUAGCCGCGAUGAGGCAAUUGCGGAAAAUGGGCGACUCACGGACAAACUGAGCGACGCCCAAAUGGAGUCCAAGACGCUGCAAAAGAAGCUCAAGGACUCGGAACAGCAGGUGGCUAACAUGAAACAGCAGCUGCACAAAUACGUCCAGGAGGUGAAGAGGGCCGAGGAUUUGCUUAUGAAUAAGGUAUACUUUGUCUUAAAGGAAAAGGAGCGUGAGGAAUUGCUCGAGCACUAUCACAACUUGACCCACGACCAAGUCGUCUUGGAAGGCAACAAUCAGAGCCUGGAAUUUGAGGCGACAGAGUUCAAGCGGCAAAUUUGCGAACUGGAGUGUGAAGUACGUUCGCUUAAGGAUCAGCUUUGCUGCCGGCAGUGCAAAAUUGACGAUUUGGAGAUGCAGCUGACAGCCGCGCGCGCCUCCAUGCGCUGCUUGGAGAGGGAACUUGAGAACGCACGCGAGCAGAAGAUAGAGCUUGAUGUGCGCAAGGAGCUAUGUGAUAAAUUGGACAUUGAAAAAGAUAAGCUAAAUGCCGAGUUAAACGAACUAAAUGAAGUUCGCAGGAAGCUGGAAAAAGAAUGCGAAAAACUGCGCAGCGAACUGCAGGAAAAGUUUGCAUUAAAUCAGGUAACCACUGAGACUACGGAGCAAAUGCUGGAGCGGAUACGCGGCGAUCAGCAGCGCCAGGAUGAGGCGGAACUAAGCGCGAAACGCGAAAUGGAGCGUCUUAGGCAGCUGCACGAAAAGACUGUGAGGGAACUUCAAGAAGAGCGCGAACGUUGUAAUCAACAGGAACUUCUGGCCAAUCAGUAUGAGCGGCAAGCACAAGAGUUACGUAAAAAUUUAACCGAGGACCGCUUUUGUCAGGCGCGCUCAAGGGAAGUCAGUCCCAAAGUCCCACCCAAAACGCUAUAAAUUAAGCCAAGUGAUGAAGUCUAAGAUUAGUUUUAAUUUAAUUGUAUUAUACUCAAAUACAUUUUACAUUUGGGCAUUAGGACUUAAAGCUAUUUAGGUAUUUCUAAUCUAAAUUGUAUUGUGUACACAAACCUUGUCUCUUGCAUUUUUAGAUUUUUUAAUUAUAAGCGACUUUAUUUGU